UUUAUUGCUCUUGAUUGGCUCCCCAGAACCGCCCGGGGUUUGAAGGACAUGCAGUUGGUCGGCUAAUACAUUACGAGGACGUAUGCGACGUUAGGUUGGUUCUCUUCCCCCACUCUUUCUGUCUCAGGUCUGGAUGCUGCAGGCUGUGUCCAGGCUGAGUAGAGCAGCGGUGCGAGUGAGGAGAGUGGCCGCCCAGGUCCAAGUCACCACUGUAACCAUGGCUCAGAAUCACCAGAGCUGCGGUAUCUCCUGUCAACAGAAAGGGGGUGCUGUCACAGCAGCCAUCCUCAUCAUCGGGGACGAGAUACUCAAGGGUCACACGGUGGACACUAACAGCGCCUUCCUGUCGCGAGCGCUGAGGAAGCUGGGAGUGUGUGUCCAGCGUGUCACAGUAAUCCCUGACCAGCAGGAGGUCAUCUCAAAGGAGGUGGCCCUCCUGGCCCCACAGUACACACACCUGCUCACCUCUGGGGGAAUAGGCCCCACCCACGAUGAUGUCACCUUCGAGAGUGUUGCCAUGGCGUUUGAGGAGGAGCUGCAUGCCCACCCGGAGCUGACCCGUUUGGUGGAGGAGUUCUUUGGGGUGGUGGAUAUGGAGAGUGCAGCCAUGAAGCUAGCCAUGGUCCCCCGCUCGGCCAAGCUCAACUACGGCACUGACCCUCAGACUGGACAGCCACUACGCUACCCACUGGUGAGUGUGCGUAACGUCUACAUCUUCCCUGGGAUCCCGUCUCUGUUGGAGAGAGCCUUCAAUGGUCUGGAGCACCUGUUCGCUGGCUCAGGGACCACCUUCCACACACGAGAGGUGUUUGUGGAUGCAGACGAGGCGUUGAUCGCCCCGGUGCUGACCCGCCUGCAGGCGGGCUGGGGGAAGAGGGCGGCUCUGGGCUCCUACCCUGACUGGCUCAGUAACUACCACCGGGUCAGGCUAGUGCUGGAUUCAGACAGCUUUGAGGAGGUGGAGAAGGCCCGGGCUCAGCUGCUGGAGGAGAUGCCCAAAGGCAGUGUGGUUCCCCUGGUCACGGACCCUGUGUCCAUCGCUACUGAGGAGGUCUACACACUGGCCAACAGCGGCACGCCUCUGGGUGAUAAAGUGGCAAACGCUCUGAAGACCAUAGAGACUGCUCUGGAUCAGUAUUCGGCAGGGGAGAUCUGUGUGGGCUUCAAUGGAGGCAAAGACUGCACUGCUCUACUACAUCUAUAUUACGCUGCACUGAAACGGCGGUAUCCGGAGGGUAAGGACAAGGUAAAGGCUCUGUACAUUCGCAUCGUCUCUCCCUUCCCAGAGAUGGAGAGAUUCCUCCAGGACACAAUAAAGAGGUAUGCCCUGGAGAUUUUCUCAGUGGAGGGCAGUAUUCGGCAGGCAUUGAGUGAGGUACAGGAGAGGAGGCCGGAGCUGAGAGCUGUGUGUAUGGGCACCAGGAGGAGUGACCCCUACUCACACACACUCACACCCAUGUGUCUCACUGACCCUGGAUGGCCGGACUACAUGAGGGUCAACCCCCUGCUGGACUGGACGUAUCAUGAUAUCUGGUCAUUCCUGAGGACGCUAUAUGUGCCCUACUGUAUUCUAUAUGAUAAAGGGUACACCUCAUUGGGCAGCAUGGACGACACAUGCCGAAACCCCGCUCUCCAAGUGGUAGAUGGGAGGGGCGUGAGCCGCUAUAGACCUGCCCACCUCUUGGAGAAUGAGGAAAUGGAGCGCGACUCACGUGAAUGAUGUCACUUCCUUGUUUGUAAUGUCAUGUCCUGAUCUUUUAUCCGCCCCUCCUGAUUGGUGCUCCAGGUAAGAGAUGCUUGUAGGGACAGACCUAGGAUCAGCAUAUCCUCCUCAAAUCCCAACCUUAACCAUUAGACAAAACUGAACAUACAGGCAACUUCUGAAGAGAGGAGCAGGAAGUAAGAGGAGAGUGAGAGAAAGAGGGAACGGAUUGAGGAAAGUGGAACAGACAAAGAGCCAGAGACUGAUCACAGAAUGAGUGAAUUUUGAAGGAAAAGUGUGUGUUUGAGUGGAAAACGUGUGUCUGAGUGCAUGUCUGAGUGGCUUAGAAUCUAAUGAUAGGGAUUUACAUGGUUUGUAAUAAAAUAUCAAUCUGUCACAAGUUUACUUAUUGAUCAAUUAUUGGCAAAAGAUUGUUAAGGUGCUGAUGAGAGAGUAAUUCUUCUGUUGUACAUUUUAACAAUAUUCCUCAGUUCACGAUUUUACACUACAAACUACGUCUUUUAAUCUACGCUGAGUGUACAAAACAUUAGGAACACCUUCCUAAUAUUGAGUUGCACCCCCCUUUUCCCUCAGAACAGCCUCAAUUCGUUGGGGCAUGGACUUUACAAGGUGUCAAGCGUUCCACAGGGAUGCUGGCCAUGUUGACUUCAAUGCUUCCCACAGUUGUGUUAAGUUGGCUGGAUGUCCUUUGGGUGGUGGACCAUUCUUGAUACACAGGAAACUGUUGUGUAAAAACCCAGCAACGUUGCAGUUCUUAACACUCAAACCAGGGCGCCUGGCACUUACUAUCAUACCCCGUUCAAAGGCACUUCAAUAUUUACUCUUGCCCAUUCACCCUUUGAAUGCACGCAUACACAAUCUAUGGCUCAAGGCUUAAAAAUCCUUCUUUAACCUGUCUCCUCCCCUUCAUCUAAACUGAUUGAAGUGGAUUUAACAAGUGACAUCAAUAAGGGAUCAUAGCUUUCACCUGGUCAGUCCAUGUCAUGGAAAGAGCAGGUGUUCUUAAUGAUUUGGACACUCGGUGUAUAUUAUAGCAUAUUUGUAUACUGCAGUGGCGGCACGUGGGAAGUGUUAUAGGACGGGUUCAUUGUAAUGGCUGGAAUGAAAUAAAUGGAACGGUAUCAAACAUAUGGAAACUAAAUGUUUGACCCAAUACAAUAAGCCGGUCUUCCUAUACCUCCUUCCACCAGCCUCCACUGAUAUAAACAUAACGUGCAGAUAAUCUUCAAAUGAAUUGUUUUACACUACCUUCACAUCACACUGGAUGGACAUGGUUGACCGACUCCCUGACCAAAAUGGCUGACCUUUUAUGGAGUCAUAAGACCUUUUAUGUCCAUUCUGGUAUUCUAAUUCCUAAUUAUAUGGAAAUAUCUGUGCCAUUAAGCAAAACAUACAGAAGAAAGGUUUUAACUAUGUCUCUCUCACACAGAUCAGUUGAUUUCAGGAUGGGACAGCAUUCAUUUUACAGUAGGUCUAAGAUGCAGUUUCAGUGUCCAACCUCACGGGGGUGUUGUUCUCACGUUUUUCAUUUGGCCCUUUGAUUACAAUAAAUUACCCUUUCUGUU